AUUUAUUUAUGCUCUUUGUAAGAUUUGAUUAAUGUUGUCUGUUGUAUCUAAUCUAUUACUACAUUAUGUAAAAACCAUUUUAAACGAUAGCAAUAUAGGAUAGUCUAUAACAAUUGUUUAUAAUGUCUGUUUUAAUAGAUGUCAUACUUUGAUAAUGUCAUCAAUUUCAAAAAAUUAUAUUAUUAUGCGUAGAAAUACCAAAUAUAAAAUAAGAGAGGAGCCUGAUACAUUUUUGUACAAUUACAACGUGUGACGACAGUUACUAAUAGAAAAUAAUUGUGAAAUGUUACUUUACAUUCCAGAAACGUACUUCGGUGUAUAACUGUGAGUUUCUUUUUCCUCUUUAACUUUAGCGUGUGAUUAAAAAUGUAUGCUCAUGCUUUUAAUUCGUUUGUCAGCAUCGUUGACAUGCGUAAACGAUUGGAGUGCAUUGUUAAGGUUGCAAGUUGCUAUGUCAAUUCCACUUUCUAACAUUCUUAGUCGUAAUUAUCAAAUACUAAUACUAUGAAAGUUGUGUUGCGCGCACAAUUAAAGAAGGAAACCAGACAUUCUACAAUUGAUUGCAUCCUUAACAGCAUAGGACUCAAUUUAAUUUUAUUAAGAUAUAAUUUAAAAUAAAAGCCCAUGUUACGAAUAUCUUCGUCAAUGAUCCCGUUUAACCAGUUAUUAAGUAUAAGUAUUAAAUACUCAAGCUAAAGAGAGUGCAUGUGUUUUUUACAUUGCAUUCCCAAUAGGUGCCUAAAUAUCCAAUUAUGUAUAUUACCUUGUAUGAAUUUAUAAAAAAGACACUCUGUGGAUCGAUCAAAAGUGGUUUAAAGAUACUUUAAAUUUAAGUUUUUAUUCGUUAAGUAAUCUUCAAUAUGUUCCGAAUAAUUGAGCAUAGACAAGCGUCGUGCCAUAGUUUAUUAAUUUUAUCUGUAUAACAACCGAAGAUAACGAUUAGGUCGUUUCAUCAACUGUAUUAUUAGAUUCUUCGAGUUUACGUUAUAGUAACAGUUUAUAUGCAAGUCAUUUAAUUUCAUUAUGCAUAUAACUGAACUUAAUUUUAGUUUGAUAAUUUGGCAAUUUUCUUCGAAAGUCUUUGAUAUAAGAAUACGCAUGUACAGGACGAAAUUAAUAUUUGGUACAUUUAUCCGACUCUUCUUUGUUAAAAAUAAGUUUUCAAUUUUGAUUGCUUGUACAGAAUGUUACGAGGUGUUUGUACAAAACAUUGAGACACACAUAUAUAAUAUCAUAUAAUAUAUAGAAUCGACCGUGCGAUGAUAUUGAAGAAUGAAUACUCUAUGUCAGAAUUAUUACAAGAAACACGACGCGUAUAAAUAUUAUAAAUACAAAUGUUAGUUAGAUGUAAUUACUUGACAACAAACUAUUAAUUACUUAUAGAAUGAAUGUGUUAAUUAAGUCAAGCAUAUAAUUUCUCUCGAAUGUAUGGUAUACGUUUAGUAUUUAUUCAUAUUUCCGAUCUAGUCCAAUUGAUAUUAAGGUAAACUGGUAUGUAGAUUAUGUUUACUUCCUAUGAGCGACAAGACACAGUCGAUUUAUGUAUGGCAAGCAAUUUCUCUUGUUUUUCAAAGUGAGUGAGUCGGAAACAAAAGAAGGAUUGUGUAGUUAAUGACGCAAUAUCAACGAAUACAAACAUUGAGAAACUGUAUUAUAACAUUUUGAGAAACAUACAAAUAAGAAAUAGAUAAAUACAAGACAGGAAAGUUUUUAUAAUAAUUAACAUUUUUAAACAUUUAAUUUGUAAAUUGCAAGAAUUGUUUGCUUCGAAAAUGUAUAAGGAAGUUGAAUUAAUGAAUUAAGUAUACAGAUUAAGAUUUGAAAAAAAGCAGAUAUUUAGAAAUAUGUGAGCAUUUGAACGUUUAGAUUCUAGUUAAUCUAGUUUAGAUUCUAGUUAAGUUUUUCGUGAAAAACUAUUAAAUAUAGUUGUAAAAACUUUUUGUCUGACUUGUUACGACUUUGAAAAAUUAUGGAACUCCUCGCAAACAUAGAUCAGUUUACAGCUGUUGUAUCGAAUCAUAUUAGGCUAAUUAUAACACUCUACUUCUGAUUCAAUCAAUGUAAAUAAUAAUCUUUUACUUCUAACGGCGUUUUAAGAACAAAUAAAGUUUAAAAAAAUCAAAGUAUCGGAGAUGUAAACAUUCUUGGUAAUUAAUUGCAAAAUUCAAUUAUAGUUACUAUACGUUGUAUAACAAAUAAAAAAUAUAUAUAUAAAUGAUUAAUUUAUCGACUAUUAUUGUUUUACUAUUUACAUUUUCAUUCGAUCAGCGAAAUAUAUUUCUGUGAAUUUUUUCUUUUAAAGAAUUCGACCUUAUCAAAUUCUCGAGCAUUGAAUAUUGCCAACAGUCAAAGGAUCACAAAUAAUUAUGGCAUUACAAACAUAUGAACGUAAUUAAAUGUUCUAGUUGCUGUCACUUGACAGUUUAAUUUUGUUUUAAUUCGUGUUACGUUAAUUUCAAGUUUUAUUAAAUUUCUUUUCAAGAAAUGUGUUUAUCAUGGUUUCUGGAGAAGAUUGUUCAUAUACGGACGCAACAGAAUCUUCUAACAUAACAUCUCUGCAGACAGAAUCUACUUAUUCGGUUAAUGCCAAUGUUAAGGAACCUCUUUGUGACCCUGUGAAUAGAGAGGACGAUCCUUUUCAACAACUUAACUUUAAAGACUGUAAAUGUCGAGAGAUACAUUCAGCUGUACACCACGGAGCAUCUCUGGAACCGUGCAAGAAAGAUUCACCGAAAGAGAAGAGUUUGGUAGAGCCGUCUUCAAGUCCAUGUUUAUGUCACGGUCACAAGAUAACUUAUACUUUACCUUUGAAGUACAGAGAUGAUAAAUCACGACUAUUUUGGUGUCCCUUUAAGUGGAAGUGGCCAAGGAAGGAAUACUUAGAAAGCAAAGACAAAUCAUACAAAGUGAAAUUAACACCAAAGAAAUGUCCCCAUUAUGCGGAGGUAGAGCACAAUAUACACAUUAAUAGAAUAACAUUAUUUUAUUUUUCCUUUUAUUCUUAAGUACGAACA